AGAGGGGAAGAGGACACCAUGGGGUGCUGCAGUGGCAGAUGUACCUUGGCCUUCAUCUGUGGCAUGCAGCUGGUCAGUGUGUUGGAGCGUCAGGUGAUAGAUUUCCUGGGUUACCAGUGGGCUCCCAUCCUGACCAACUUCCUCCACAUCAUCGUUGUCAUCCUGGGCCUCUUUGGCACAAUUCAGUUCAGACCACGAUAUGUCACUGGGUACGCAGCCUGGCUGGUCGUGUGGAUGACCUGGAAUGUUUUCAUCAUCUGUUUUUACCUGGAGGUCGGAGAUCUGUCCAGAGACUCUGACCUUGUCCUGACGUUCAACCUGUCCAUGCAUCGCUCCUGGUGGAUGGAGAACGGCCCGGGGUGCAGGGUGACACCCAUCACUCCUCCUCCCUCCUGGGCACCCGAGGACCACCGAUACAUAUCAAUAUCUGGCUGCCUGAUGGAUUUUCAGUUCAUAGAGGUGGCUCACUCCUCGCUGCAGAUACUCCUGGCUUUGGUGGGGUUUAUCUACGCCUGCUAUGUGGUCAAGCUCAUUUCAGAAGAAGAGGAUAGCUUUGAUUUUAUAGGAGGGUUUGACUCGUAUGGCUACCAGGGGCCUCAGAAGACUUCCCACCUUCAACUACAGCCCAUGUACAUGUCCAAAUAAACCCAGGAGCGCUGCCUUACCAGUCACCACUGCUAAAACAUCCUGCUCUUACUACUCCAGAUGUCUUUUAAUGAACAACAACCGAGACACAGACAAGUAGACAGGAUACAGAAGACACUAAGAUACUCUGCGAUUCAACUCAACCACCCCUCCCACCCCCCUCCUCAGUACUUAGUCCGAUGGCUUCCCUCGUCUAACUGUCUGCUGUUUUUAACAGAGUUAGGUCUGUUCCUGAUGAAACACUGGCCUCAUGUGGCUGAAAACUGUAACUGCAGGAUAUGUGUGCCACACCAAAACAGGCAGCUUCUGUAACAACUACAUUGUUUUUUUUUCUUUUGUCUGACAGUCAGGAGCCAAUGACUUGCAUCCCCUUGUGCUGUUGUGAAAGAAACCAAGAGGGUGCAAAGAGGCCACAACUUCUUGGUGUAUUAUUGUGUGUUCUCUGCUGUUAAGAGAAAUGUCAGUACGAAGCCCUGUUCCUUUAAGUUUCAAAGUGAUAUCUAACAACUCUUGAGUGCAGAUAUGCCUGACCAAAGAGUUUAAAAAACCCCAGAGACAAAUCCCUGUGUAGCCGGUCUGGAACUUUUUUGCUCUUUGUGCCUGACAGAUUCAACACUGGACUUCCAAGAAUCUACUAACAAGACUACCGAUUUAGGAAUGUCAGACAUCUUUUCUUUUUUUUUUCUAAGGUUACUUAAUGGUGCAUUUAACUUCUCAUCUGAAAACAAAGAUGGAAGCUUGAAAGUCGUGGGCUGGACUCAAACAUGCUUACUCUGUUGUCUCAUCCCAAACUUUGAAUGUUCAAUAACAGUGUGGUGUGUAGAUUUGCAUACUAUCAUCUCACAUGUGCACGUGUACAGGAAGUAGACACACACACACAGACAGACAUCAGAUAAUACAUACUGUAUGUCAAUACACACAUGCAUGCACACACACACACACACAAACACACACACUUACAACAGAUCUAUAACUACUUAACUUUUUUUUUUACUACUAAUGUGAAUCUUAACAAUGUUUACAAUAGAAAGACUGAACUCUUGACUGACAGAUAAGGAGACGGAUGCGACAGGUAGAUAGACAGGCAGACUGGGAGAUGCAGAGAAGAUGACUUUUCUAGCUGCAGCAUCCCAAAGGCCAUGGGGUGAUGUCUGCCAUAUUAAAGACAGAUGGGGGCAGUUGUUCCAAGUGUGUUUCUUUGGUCUCUUGCUGUCUGAAACGUCCAUCCAAGACAAACAGGUAGAGGGAGAAAGAGGCAGCACAUGAGAGAGAAAACAACCACUCGCUCCCUUAGAGAAGAGGUCGGUUGGCAGUUUCCCUUCCACAUCAGUCCUCUGAAAGCUUUCAAUGCCAAGCUUCAGUUGUCACUCAGCUGUCGCUUUCAGAGGGUGAGUCCACCCUCCCCCCCCUCCCUUCCCUUUUCUGAAUUAGAAGUAAAAUGCUGGAAGCCAGAUUACAAGUGCCCAAUCAGCCUCGUCAGCAGCAUCCAGCUCUUUCUAAUAACAACCAAAUUCUACCAAGGUGCAACUUUUACGCCAAGAAAUGACAAUCGCAGUCAGUGGCCUGAAUUUUGUCAUGGAUUUUGUACCGUAUAAAAAAAAUUGACAGAAAGGUGAUUGUGGAUAGGAGCUGGAUUCGAGUUAGAGAGUGACAACUUAAUGAUUAAUUAUUUAUAACUUUAAAUUCUAUAUCGUUUUCCCAAACCACUGGUGAAUGACAAAUAUUGGCAAAAGAAAGGGGAAAAGAAAUGAUAAUACAGCAGAGGCUGACUCCUCGACGACACUGCACACCCAGCCUACAGAGUAAUGAGGAUAAAAUCUAUACCAGAGACUUAGGAGCUCUCCUUCUUCACCUCGCUACUCGAAUUUUAAUGUUGAAAGUGCCAACUACACCACACAGGUAUCUGUAGAACCCGGUGUCAGACUGGGACCAAAAAUAAUGGGUCUCAGGUUUACUUGUCUUGGGUUCCCAUGCAAGAAAAGAAAGUAGAAUAGCAAUAGAGGAUGUCACAAAUCAGAAAUCUCACAUUUGCAUUCCAAGCUGGCAAAGCAGCUACUGACUCCGCUGCUUGUUGAGCUCAUCAAGCUUCUCAGAAAUGUAAAACACUCAAAAUGGCAGUUUUGUGGGGAGACAGAAGGCCAGUGGUUUUUUCUCUUUUAUUCUGUUCAGAAAAAUCCUUAUAGAAAUGUGACAAAACAUGUUUUUAUUUGUGUUGUGAUCACUGGGCCAAAAGUUUGCUGCCUUCUCCAUCUAUCAAGGGACACUUCUCAAGGGGGGGAAACACUGGCUUCUCUUGACAUAAGAAUGGUCUGACAGACCAUUUCACUUUGACAAACUGAUCUCAAAGUCCACCUCCCACCCCCCUCUGCCAGUUAUCUCCAGCAGGAUAUCUGUGACUACACUGACAGUCACUCUCAAGGACAGAAAACAACAUUUUGUGUGUUUGCAUGAGGUGUUUCCAAACUGUAUUUAAUCUCAUGCUGCGUGUGACUAACUAGCUACUUAAAGGGAACUGUUUGGUUUGUUGAAUGCUCCUCAGCUCUCUUCAAAGAGUCCUAAAUGUGAACUUUGUGAUUUUUUUCUAUAAAUAACACAGUCUGAAAUGUCUGCUGAGUAAAGGAGAAAAAUAGCUACCACAAUGUAAAACUGAAAUGUAACUUUGAACUUCUAGACGUUUUUUAAUCACAUGUGGCUGUGUUUACUGUUUUUUCUAGUUGACUAAUAAUGUAUGAUGUUGUGUACAAGUGGGACUACUAUGUUUUAUUUCUUCUAACUGUACAGUGUAUUUGACAUGUGAGAGCAGUGGCAGAGAUGGAGGAGGGAGAAUUAGUUGCACUAUAGUCUGUAAUUCUUUCAUUAAGCAUUCUGUCAUGGCAGGAAAUUCACUUUCACUUCAGCAUAUAAUUGACUUUACAAGAUUAAUUUAUAGUUGAAUUGUGAACCAACACUAAACAUUGCUUUUCAAUAAACAAAAUGAUUGCAGAUGAUGUGUGCAUUCGCAAAAUUCAAAUCAGAAACUAAUGCUGCGAAAGGGUCACGUAGCCAUUAUUUAAAAGCCAAAUUGAAAAUGAUAUUUGUGUCUUUCACAAAUGAGACCAUUUGAACUGAAAGUGAAUUAAUUUGUUACCAAUUUGUUGACUGGUUGAUAUAAUCUGCCACUGUGGAACCAGUAUCAACCUAAGCAGGGCUAAUCUGGCUAAUUUAACAAACUGAAGCAAAUACUCAGUGAAUCAGAAAGGAUUUCAGAUAUAUAAUGUGACCCGUGUGUGUGUGUGUGUGUGUGCAUGUGUGAGUGCGUGCGUGUGUGUGUGAGAGAGACUUUGUACUGCAGUACAUUGUUUUCUGUGUCAUGGUGAACUGAACACUUAACCCAGAAUCUGCUAAGCCUCAAUCUGCUCUGAACUCAACACAAAUUUAAACUGAAGAAAGAACUCAUUCAAGAUUGUUAAUGAACAGCAAUAAAAACAGUAAUAAUAUCUUUAUGUAAUAAUAAGAAACACAACAUUUACACAGUGUUCUCAGAGUUUGUUGAUCACAUUUAGACUUUGAAACAGUCAAUAGAGCUUUUGUCUGUAGAUCUAAGAAUGCACUUCUGUACAUAGUGAGUUAAACAUUUGCAGAACAAGCUGGAGCUAAGCCAUUCUGUUGUUGAAUAGUAUCAAUAAACAUUCAGUCAAGCCAUUGUAAA